AGUCUCUUCUGUUGACCUAUAAUUGGGUAUAAAAGUCAAAACGAUAGUUAGCGAGUUGGAGUUUUGGAGCAAUAUUCUUGUGUUAUUGUAUAAGGGACGAAAAGCUAGAAAAACAGAACAAAACAUAGUGUAAAUAUGUUAAAUCAGGCGGUAGUCGAGGCUCUGUACUCGGCGACAUAUAUCGAAAAUUACUUGGAUUGCGUAGAAAAUCUGCCCAACGACUUGCAGAGGCAUGUUUCUCGUUUGCGCGAGCUGGACGCCACUUGUCAAACAUAUUUACGUGAAGUUGAUCAACAUCAGGAAACAUUACAAAAUGAUACAGAUCCUGUGAUAAAAAGGAGAGCAUUACUAAGAGUACAACAAGCUCUGAUUGCAGCACAAGAAAUAGGAGAUGAGAAAUUACAAAUUAUUCAGCAAGUACAAGAUCUUAUAGAGAACAAAUCUAGGCAGUUAGACUUAGAUUAUCGAAACUUAGAUUUUGGAAAGGAACAAGAAAACUCUGAAGUUCGUGAAUCAAACAUGAGCAACAAUUCGAAUACCACAAGCCAUGCAAAUAUAGAACGCCAUCCAAAACGUGCCAGAAGAACAAGAACUGAAACCUUGAUAGAAUCGGCUCAUUCCAUGGAUAUAAUGGGUGGAAUGGCAGAGACGAGGUCUUCAACAAUGUCUAGCAUAAGCAAUGGAAAUCAAAAGAAAACAACAACGACUGCUACUGGUAAAAAGAAGAAGCGAAAAUCACGUCAAGGCACUCAACAAAAUCAGCAUCGCGAGGAUACACCACCGCCACCGGAAGACGAUCUCGCGAUAGAUCCUGACGAACCAACUUAUUGUUUAUGCGAUCAGAUAUCAUAUGGCGAGAUGAUUCUUUGCGACAAUGAUCUGUGUCCUAUAGAAUGGUUUCAUUUUUCAUGUGUUUCUCUGACUACUAAGCCUAAAGGUAAAUGGUUCUGUCCAAAGUGUCGUGGUGAUCGACCUAACAUCAUGAAACCUAAAGCGCAAUUUCUCAAAGAGCUAGAAAGAUAUAAUAAGGAGAAGGAGGAGAAAUCAUAGCAAGAACACGGCGAAAAAAUUUGAGUUUCGUAAUCGAAUGUGUAAUUAGAAAAUUUCUAGUAUUUUAAUUUUGAACCUCAUGUGUAUAUUAAGAGUGCAUUCUUCGAAAUACUGAGUUAUAUUGAUUUCUUUUCACGAAAUCAUGAUCUUUUAAUUGUAGAAACAUAUUCAAAUGUUUCUCUUGCAUUUAAAUUAUAAAGCAGAUAAAUAUACAGGUAAAUAAAAAUAUUUGUGCUUGUACAUAAUGUCAUAUUAAACGAAUCACAAAUUUUAUGUUUAAAU